GUCCGUCGUCGCAAGAUGGCGGUCAUGAAAGGGUUUCUUGUUUUCAUACUAGUCUUCCUACCAGCUUGUUUCAGCAAGCCGUUCAACACUAGCAGAACCCUCGACCCUGAAAAAGCAAAUGAGAUAAAGAAGGAAAAACUUUUUCUGGAAGAUCACUUAAAAGGCGUGAAACUUGAACGGGAUGGCCAUGUUAACAAAGAUUACCAUCACGAAGCUUUCCUCGGGAAAAUGGUAGAGAAUGGCACUUUGUUGUUCGACAACAUGGAUGGUUACAGGCGGCUUAUCGACCUCUUCCAUCAAGUGGAUAAGGACGGGGAUCAUUUGAUUAGCAGGCCUGAAAUGAUAGAGUGGAUUCACGGGAAAAUCAAAGAGCACGUUCAAGAAGCUCGCGAAAACAAUAGGCGAAAGUUUAAGGAAGCGGACAAAAACGGCGACAGCGUCGUUACAUGGAAUGAAUUUCAAGAGAAGCUAAAAGAACUUAAUGCCACUCGGAAGAUCGAGGUUGAAAAAGAAUUAGAUGAUGUUGGUGAACCCCAGGACCCAAUAGUUGAGUACCAUGACAAAUUCAGAAGAGGGGACUUGAACAUGGAUGAUAAGCUGGAUGAAACAGAGUUCCUUUACUUUGAGCACCCUGAACACAAUCCACAGAGUAUAAAAGAUUUGGUAGAAGACAUGAUACAAAAUUUUGACAAAAACCAAGACAAGGUCCUGACCAAAGAGGAAUUUGCACAACUGCCACCAGGAGAGGUGGAUACACAGCAAGAUGCUGACCUUGAUGAGGACUACCGUAAGGAACGCGAAGAUGAAUUCGUUGCUAUGGAUGAAGAUGGAGACGGUGUAGUUACCGUAGAUGAACUGACCAAAUACCUGGAUCCCACUCACAAACAGCGGGCCAUCAACGAAGGCAAUUAUUUGGUGUCAAUGGCAGACAGAAAUCGCGACGAUCAGCUAUCAGAGAAGGAAGUACUUAUGAAUUACCAACUUUUCACUGGGAGUACAAUGGCUAAUUACGCUGGCUAUUUACACGAUGAGUUUUAAGAGUAUUCCUUUUGAUUCUUUGCCUGAUAUAACCUGGCGUAAGAAGCGAAAGAACUGGGGGAGAAAAGACAUGCAUUCUCAGUUGGAUGUUAAAAAGAGAACAAGACAAAACAGACUUACAUUUUUUAACUUUUAUAGAUCUAUUUAGUAUAUUAGGGAUAGAAAUUAUUCCAUCAGAUAAAGUAUAUUUGUGGUGUCGUUGGAAAUUUGCCCGAUGACCACGUCGACUGAGUUUUACAAUCGGAAUUCUUUAUUCGUUUUCUUUUUCUUUUCUUUUUUUCUCUUCUUCUCUCUGUUUAUUGUUAUAAGAAGUUUGUAGGCAUUACCAAGUUUGAAGAAGAAAGCCAAGGGGGAAUAAUUCAGGUAGUUUUAGUCAACCGGCGUCAUCGAAGGGAUGACCUGUUAAGACUGGUUUUCGCUAACGUCGGAGUCGAAGUCGUUACAGCACUUUUCGAUAGAGUUUCGUCACACCAAAAGCAAAGCAAUCGUAGAAGUCAAAGCCAAGAAAAUGUCACCAAGAACCAAUGAGAACUCGAAGUAAAAACAAGCAAACUGUGUGAAGCGCGGGAAAACGCCAAUGACCAAGUCGCGUUUGUUUUUAGUUUUGAAGCUUAUUGGUUGAAAGGAUGGCGCGAGCGCUACGGACCAAUCACAGAGCAAAGAGAAGGAAAACUUAAACAACCACGGAUUACUUUCGACCUUCAAUAUUGAAAAUUAGAGAAAUACGGGAUUCGGGGUACGUGAUUUAGCAAACGGGAUGCGUGAUUUGGGAUUCAGGAUGACAGAAGUAGUCAGAAUUUCUCUUCCAAAUCGUCGCUAUUGAAAACCAGCCUUUGACGUCGAGGAGCUGACCAAUAAUUAACUUUGGAAAACUUUAAAACGUGUCAUUUUACGUGGAACGUGUGAUACACGUGUAGCUGUGGCUGUCGAACGUCCUAUACAGGAUUCGUGUUUGUUCCUUUAUUACUUCCAAUUUUUUAAUCACUCAACCCUUGACCUCCAUACAUCAAUUUCCAUACCGUUCUCCAUCUUUCCUGUAAUACUUACGAGGGGAAUUUGUUUGACAAUCAAGAGCUUAUUGUAUUCUCAAUCGUUUCCUUCAUUCUCCUGACCUUCGUGUUUGAUUCAGGGGCGAUUCUGUUGGGAGAAGUUAGAUGGUUAUCACUCUUAGGGGUUAAAGGUUUAAGACAAGAGAUGAAAAAGGUCGUUUAAUACUGGCGAAAGGUGUGGGGAGAGAUUUCGUUAAUCAGUUUCUCACUGGGUGUUGAGCCUGUGGUGUUUGGUGAAACAGGAAGACGCCUGAGCCGCCAUACCAUAGGAGGGGAAGAUAAAGGCCUCAGUACUCGGUUAAGGUAAAAGAUUGAAAAAAUUGUGGGCGUAGUUAGCUAACACAUGACACAGUAAUGUUAACUUCAAGAAAGUUGACAAAUUUAUAGAGCUAAUAAACAUAGAUAUUUUAUUUUUA